UCUAAGUUUUAGUGUGGGGUUUGAGAGGAAGUGGGUGGCAAGGCAAAAGGGGAGGGAAGGGAUGGCAGCAUGGGCCUAGGUGUCCCUAGAACUCUAUCAUGCCGGAGGACAUCGAUUAUGAUGCCCAGACACCGAAUGCCUCUGAGCAGCCACACUGGUAUUGGCGCCUGUGGACCUGCUGCUUGGGCUAUGGGUGCCUUGAUUACCAAGUGGAUGAAUAUCCUGCCUACCUCAUCCCAUAUGAACCUGUUGGACAGUUCCAAAGGGCAGCCAGCAUGGGUGAUUUGUCUACAGUAGAGCACUUCAUCACCUCCGGAAGAUACCAUGUGGAUAAAUGUGACAGGAGGAACAGGACUUCACUACACUACGCAUGUGCUCAUAACCACCCAGAAGUGGUGACACUGUUAAUCGAAAGCAACUGCAAUAUUAAUGUCCAGGAUGAUGAAGGCUGCACACCCUUGAUUAAGGCCACAGAGCGAAACAACCUGGAAUGUGUUUCCAUAUUACUGAAGCAUGGUGCUGAUCCACACAUGGCAGAUUUUACUGGAAAUACAGCCCUCCACUACGCUGUAUAUAAUGGAAACAAAGCAAUUGCCAGUGAACUGCUUGAGUACAAAGUAGACAUUAACACCACAACAAAGCAUGGCUUCACACCAUUUUCCCUUGCUGUAUUUGAAAAAAAAGAGAAGAUGGCAGAGUUUUUAAGAGAGAGGGGUGCAAAUGUACACGAAGUCACUGAGUCGAAUAGUGAAGCUUCACGUGGAGAAGAGUCAGCAUCAAUGCUUAAUUAUGAUGCACAAAUCAAUACAGAAGUGGAUGACAGUACUGAACACACACCUUUACCUAGUGGAGAAACUUCUUUCAAACAGCCAGAAGAAAGAACUAAAAGGCAAAUCAGGUUCAAUAAAGAAGUGCACUAUAGUAAUGAUCCAAAACCUUUCUGCAGUGAAGAAAGACAUCCAGGACAGCUAAAACCAAUACUUAAAAGUCCUGACCAGAUCAGUACAGAAGUGGAUAACAAUAUUGAAGAGAAGUCUUUGUCCAGGCUCCCUGACAAACCUGACCCUGAUAUUCCUGGGCCUACAAUAGAGGACAAUGACAUUAUGUCUAUUAUAAAGCUAUAUUUAGAUUAA